AUGUCGUCCGUCCGCGCCCCCAUCUCGGACGCCUUCCUCGCCGCCCUCCAAGAGGCCUUCGUGGCUGCGUCGUUGCUGGUGCCGCCCUCCCUCCGCCCACAAUUUGUGUUGGUUGGGAGCGGAGCUAUGCUCUACCAUGGCUUCAGGCGUCGAGCCGAAGACCUCGACAUUGUAGGCACAGCAAACGCCCACGGGGCAUUCUUGGAUGGUGCGCGUGGGGAUGAGCGCUUCUCGGUGAUGGCAGACGGCGGUAGAGUUUACAUACCUUACCCCUACAUAUGUCUCUAUUUCACAUGGCUAAAUCCAUGUCGUGUAGCAUUUAUACAGUAUACUUCCGUGGCUGGCGCUGGCGCUGGCUUUGUGAUAUCGAUAGACCUUGUUGCGCUCGGCGAUGAAGCCAUGCCGUUCGUGGCUUCGCUGCCGGAGCUUUGGCGAAUGAAGGCCUGA